AGCAGCGACCUCAAUAUCCUUGAAUUUUUUUUUCCUCUGGCCUCCGCAUUGGCAUCCUCCUAGUUUUACGAACCCCCUCCCAAAAAAACCGCAGAAAACUGCAGUAGUCCUUUGUGUUGUUUUGUCUCAUAGAUACCGCCACAUCAUGUUCAAAGUAGGCUGAAAGAAGAACUACGAAGCAAAAGUCAAACUCAAAGUAGCGACCACGACGACCUCGCACCAGCAAAAGUGAGCAAAUAAAGACCUCGCCCCGCCAAAAAUAACUGGCGCUGGCCCUACACGUCGUAUAAACCUUGAACCAAAGCCGCCACGCCGAGAAGUGAAGGAGGACCAGCAGCACCAGCUACAGCAACACUAGCCAACAUGGCCGUCGCCAACGGUAUCCAAACCGGCACGUCCGGGUCGUCCUCCUCGACCGCCAGGUUGAACGAGAUGCUGGAUGCCGAUAUGGACAUGCUGCUGACCGACGACGGGAUAACGCAGGAGGAGCUCAUCACCAUUUUGAAAAAAAUCUCCGACGACCAGGCGGUGGCAAAGGAGUGCCAGCACUUUGCGGACGUGUUGCAAAAGGAGAGAGAAUUUCAGGAGAAAUUCGCACAGGCCGCACUCCAGGCGGAAGACCAGGAGGCUCUGGAAGACCAUGAAAUUACGGAUUUCGCGCGGGAGCUCGUGAAAACGACCAAGCACGCGCCCUUGCGCAUGACGGAAGCGGAGCGGCAAGUCUGGAAAAUACUGGAAGCGGCCCUGCAAGUCUCGGAGUACUUGCUACUUAGAUGAGGAAUUUUGAGUGUUCUUGAGGUUGGCUUUCUUGUCUUGAUGCAGAGGUUGUAGGAGGUUUUGUUCUGUUGCUUGCUUAUGAAGGGUCUUCUUCUUGCAGAUUCAAAAACAGGAAAAGUGGACAGGAUUUCUCGUUAUGAUUUUGUGUUGCAUGAAGAUGAACAUGAAACACAACAUGACGAAUUUUGUCCUUCAAUUCGCAGGUACACCGAUAAGAUUGACGUGCUUGCAAUUCGGGGAAACAAGACCGACACCAUAGUCGAGGAAAUUCUCGAGCUCUGCAACGGCAUUGCCGGCAUGAUUGUCGCCAAUAGCUACGACAGGGCGGUCAAGCAGUUCCGGCUGCUAGAAAACGACGACGAAAUGGCUAACGGGAAUACUAGAGUAAACGGCCGAGGAAUCGGCGCCCGAAAACAACGACAACACAACCACGGUCACGACCAGAACGAGAAGCUGUUCCAGCGGGUGUUCGAACUCGGGAGGCGGGCGAAAAUUUUAAACCCGAGCCAAAUGCGGUCGACGUACGGAAAAAUGAUGUGGGUGUUAAUGGAUGCCAAGCAAACGGGGAACUGGCUGGGCUUCGAUCCCGUGCGGGGCGGAGUUCGGACGGUUUACGAGUUGCUGAUGGAGAAGGACCGGAAAGACGCGGAAGCGUUUUUGAAGGAGCCGUUAUUGAAACACGCAAUAGUCGAGAUCUCCGAGACUGACGCGAAGGGGAAUCCUCUGCCCCGAGCCGACCUGGACGCGGCAAAAAAGAAAAAACAGGACGCGGUCGAAAAGAUAAAAGCAAAGUAUAAAGAUAAUUUUUGACUGCAGCAGCAGCUUCAUGACUCCGAUUUGCGUUCAAAACAAGAUUUUAGAUUGAUUGGCAAAUGUUCUUGCGCAUGAUCAAUACUAGACUAGUCACAGUGGCACGCGUAAAAAAUAAACGUCUACAACCUCAGGUAUGGCCGCCAACCCGCCCCAGCCAACCAGGGCAGCAGCGUUGCGGAUCUGUUGAAGACAAUAACGGAGGUAUGCAAGAAAAAAACUAUGUGAGUGUAAAUCUGUGAUGCAAAACACACAACACAAUAUACACCUGUCAUGCUGGUCAGCCUGCCAUCAACUCCUGUUUUCGUGUGUGUUUUCACGAACAGCCUGCGCAUGACAGGUUUUCUCUGUCAUGUAGAGCAAAUUUGUCAUGCUGUCUCUCCAAGACACCUACACUCACACAGUUUUUUUCUUGUAUAGGAGGAAGCAGAGGAGGAGGAACAGGAAAAGCAGAAGACCGGCGGGAACAAGGUCGAAAGGAAAAAGAUGACCAUCGCGGAGGUCGAGUGCAUCCUCAAGUCCCUUCAGGAUCACAACACCUUCGUCGACCAGCACGCCGGGCCGGUGCAAAAGAUGAUCGACCUCCAGGAGAAAUUCUUCAAGCCACAACAACCCCGACACGAAAGCGACGACUUGAGCAUACGCUCAGGACGGGGCGGGAGUUGCUUGAGCCACUCGCACGAAACGCAAUACAAGUAUCAAAGACUUCUGGCUAUACUAGUGCUAGUGGUGGUGAUUUAGUUAUAGUUUUAUAUGCUGUUUUUAUUUUUCUACUUCUUGGGUGGUUUUUUCAUAACAUUAGCUCUUGGAGGUCUUGGUCGCGCUGACGGACCACGAGGCCGAGGGAGCUCAUGCUAGCCAGAGCAGUGUGGCACUCCUGCUUCACACUCAUCUCUGACUCUUCCGUGCAUGAUCCAAAAAAAGAACGGCGCGAUGAACGAGCUAGAAGUCGAAAACAACCGAAAAAUCCGUUUACCCAGGUUCGUGAACCAAUCCCUGACCCUGUGGCGCAAUAUUAUGCGGAAUAUGGUCCAGCUGUGGCACAACGCGGAUCAAGACAUGCUGGACAACCGCUACCGGCUCGCCGACACUGGUCAGGGCUUGAACCGCAUGCAGCAGUCACCAGCGGUGCGAAACGCCAUGGGAGAAAUACUCCGCAUGACCCAGCAGGAUGUCGGCCGAAAGGGGCAAAGCUGGGUGGGGCUCAGCGUCGUGCACUUAGGUAUUGAUAAGGGAUAUUUAUUGUUGUGCUGUUCUAUAGAUUUUUAUUCGCACAGGCACAUACACGAACAGUCGAGUCCUAUUGAUUCCGCCGCAACGAGGAGGAGGCCUCGAAAAUAAAUCCAGAUAAAUUCGCUUGCCACCUGUAGGUACUUAGUAGGGGUUGUUAUGCUCCUCACCACGAAAAAAAUCAUUCUAUCACAAACCGCCAUAUAUUUUUCAGGUGACCGCGACGUCCCCAAUGCGCUUGUCUUCAUCGACAAGUACGUGCAAGUGCCGAGAAUACUUGGCCCGCUGGUGAAGGUCAUCGAAAAGCUGCCCAUCCUUUACCAGCAGGGGGUGGGGGAUGAAGAGGAGGACAAGCAGAAGGUGCGAGAAUUUAUCGACAAGUUUGGCGGCGUCGAAUCGGCACAAAAGCUCAUCCUCCGCGACUUCUUCCGCCACGGCUUCGAUGGAAGCGGCGACGACGGUGGCAGCUGCGUUGACGGACGUCUGACAAGUUGCUGGAACUGGUGCAGCCAGAUUGAGAAGAAGGUUUAUUUCCCGCUGUUCCUCCUCUGCGGCCACCACGGCUUUGAUGGCUGAGGUUGAGUUUAGUACUAAAAAAGCGGGCCAGAGGACUGCAGGUGCAGGAGAUGAUGCUUUUGGUGGAGCGCAUCUGGUGGAGCUCAACAAGCUACAGAGCAUCGUUGCUGCUCUCGAGCAGCAUCAGCACAACUUGUUGUCUCUGUCAACUUGUACAAACGACGAGUUUUUCAACAUAAAAGAAAAGAAAAGCGACAAAAGAAAAAGAAAAAACAUGGUACGAGCAGACCGAGACGUUGGUCUGCGUCAGGAGCA